AUGGCGCGGCAAGUCAACAGAGACUUGUUCUACAAGCUGACGUCGGAUCUUUCAGAUGAGCGUGUGCAGUCUGCCAUAGCGCUGAUCACCGAACUCAACGAACUGGCCGUGGAAGAAAACGGCAAGGAAUGGGAGUAUGUAUUGGGGCGGCUCGUGCGCGGUCUUGCGUCGAGUAACAAGAGUGCGCGGCUGGGCUUCUCACUGUGUCUGACGGAGGUGGCCGCGGCGGCGCUAGAGAACGGGCACAUUGGCAGCGCGGAGGAGUACCUCGAGCGGCUGGAGGCUGCGCUGCCCGUGGACAAGGUGAAGAACGGGAAGGAGGAGCGCGGGCAGCUGUUUGGGCGCAUGUUCGGGCUGCAGGCGAUGUUGAACGAGCCACUCUUCUCGCGGGUGUUUGUGGCUGGGGACGGCCAAAUCCAGCAGGCCUUUGCGCAUCAGUUCAUGCAGCGGCUUGUGCAGCUGGCUCUGACGAAGGCCUGGCUGCGGCAGCCGUGUCUGUUCACUCUGUACCAGGUCAUUGAGCGACUUGCGCCGCGGGCUACGGAUACGGAGUUCUUACGCGCCGUACUGACGUUACUUGAUGAGCACAACCUUACCCACACGAGCGAGGGCUUAGCCAUUUAUCUGUUUUUGCAAAACAAGUGUCCUGAAAUCAAGCGGAUUCUGGACGAGACGAAAAUCUUCGAUGCGCUGCCUCUCGUGAAACGCUGGAAGGCCGACAAUCCGCUGGCAAAGGGCAAUGCGAAGGCGCUUGCCUCUGUAUUGAAAGACGAUGCGCUAAUCGAGGGCGACGGUCCCAAGCAGAAGGGUGUCUGGACUCCACGGUUGCAUUUUGUGUGGGACUUGCUCCUCCCUUUACUGGCUGAGGAGAAGGUUUCGCCAGAUACCCAUGUGCACAUUGCUAAAAAACACAAGACGGGGAAGAAGCCCAAGAGUGCGGAGUCCGGAAUGCUGUCCUUUGGUGAAUUCUGGCAGGUGGUGGUAGAUGAGUCCUUCUUCAGCGAGAAGGCAUCCAGUGAAAGAAAAUAUUUGGGAGUCCUGAUCAUGGAAAAGGCAGUAAGAUCCGUCCCUUCGUCGUUGGUACAAGAUAUCUUCUCUAAGAACGCCUUGCGUACGUUGAUCAAUCAGUCUAGCGAAACCACCAGACACUUACACAAGCUAAGUGUUAAUUUCCUCAAGACCAUUGUGUCGGCGUGCGAAACGGAUGCUUCGAAAGUGGUGCCCGUGCUCACAGCUAUCUGGUUCGGCCCGAAUGGCACCAUCAACUUUGAUAAAUUAACAAAGUCCAAGACGACUGAUAGCUUGGUGACCGCCAAGUCGCUGACAGCGACAGAGUUGGCACAAUUAGUGACGUUGUUGUUACAACAACUGGAGCAUGAAAAUACAGAUAUCUCGAAAAUUAAAUUCAUCCUUGAUACCUUAUUGCACGUUAUCAGAGCGCACAAGUGGAAGGCUCAUUUGUCAUGGACUAACCCACUGCUGCUCGCGUUGGUGCGGUAUGCUUUCUUUUCUGCUCCUAGUCAUCUCUCUGAACAGUCUGAAGAAAUCAUCACUUUAUCGAGGGAACGCUUAUUUUCUGUCCUUGGUGAAUUGAUUCCUCUCUCUAAGCAUGAUAUGGGCGCACCUUCAUGGGCAUAUGCAACAUUGGAACUUCUAUUGCAAGAAAAGGAGAAACACCCGCUUGCGCUCCAGCUGGACGCAGAGUUGGAAACAGUUACGUCUAAUGCACUAAAAAUCCUUCGGAAAAUUAUAAACAAGUCUACAAAAUCUCCAAAUGAAAACCCCCAGCUUUUUGGUUUGGAGCUUCUACUAUCUGUUUCGAUCCUGCAAGUACAUGCGGGGGAUGUUGAUUCCGCUUCCACAUUGGAGGAGCUUGCCUCCUUUUAUGAAUCUGCUACACAAGGUGCAGAUAACGGACUAGUCGGUAUUACGGAGAUACUGCUCUCUCUGGUUGCACAAAAGAAAUCUAUGUUGAGAAAGCUCACACUAGUAGUGUGGGAAUCGUUUAUCGAUAAAGUAGGGAAAGAAGAAUUGGAACUCUUACUGAAUACCCUUUCUGCGCGUGAAAAUAAGGCGGGAUUUGCCCAGCUGUUCGAGGGCGCUGACGAGUAUGAGGAAUUAGGCUCCGAUGAGGCUGGAACAGACAAUGAAGACCAAAGCUCCGAAUCCAACGAAGACAGCAGUGAUGAGGUUUCUGACCAAGAGGACUAUAGCGACGAAGACGUUGCCAAAAUUGACAAAGAAGCAACGAGCGCUCUUGCCCAUGCUUUAAGACUUCCUGAUAACAUCCUGGAUGAAGAUGGCAACGUAGGGUUCGAAGAGAUGGAUGACGAAGAGGAAGAAGAGGAGUCCAUGGAUGACGAAGCGAUGAUGGAGCUGGACGGCCAACUAUCGGAAAUUUUCAAGCGCCGGAAGGAUGCACUUAACAAAAUACCGACUGGGAACCAAAGGAAGAUAGAAGCCAAGGAAUCGAGAGACAGUGUCAUAGCCUUCAAACACAGAGUUGUGGAUAUGCUGGAAAUUUACUGCAAAAAUGUUGAACGUUCCGUAACUAAAAACAAGAAGCUUUCUGCUACAAUGUCUGCAAACAUGCUUUCGAUGGCGGAGCCCAUGGUCAAAGCCAUACAGCAAACUCUUGACCGUCCUCUGGCUGAGAAGAUCUCAAAACUUCUAAAGAAUAGCGUCUGUAAGAUGAAGCCUGCGGCAUAUAAGGAAUUUACCAGCGAAAUCAACGAGGAAAGCAUUUUAACGUCUCUGGAAAAUGUCCACGCUACGAUUUUGAGUCCUAAGCCCGGGCAAUUUCCGCAACUCUUCUUCUCUGCGUGUUCUUCCACCUCUCUGUUCCUCUCGAAAGUCCUGAUCGCUAUGAAGGACGACCCAUCCACCAGCGAACAGGUGAUCGGCAUAUACUCUACCACCAUGAAGCAUUGGAACGUCAGCGGCAAGUUUGGGCCCAACUUCUUUAUCGAUUUUAUUAACUGGCUAGCGUCUAAGAAGUCCAAAAACUAG